UGUUACCAAUUUGUUUUGUAGGUGACAGCUGUGAAAUUUGCACUAUCCUCGGGCAAUCAGAAUCAAAAGCUAGAGUCGGUUAUGGCCAAACCACUUAAGGAUCAAGCUUUUGCUACUCCAGAUAAGGUGGCUGAACUUGUUCAGAAGGUAAGCGCUGCUAUACAGCAAGAGUUGCCGCCAGUUAUGGCAAAGAUGAAGCUCUAUCUGCAGAACCCAUCAACACGAACAAUACUUUUCAAACCAAUAAAGACAAACAUCGUGGAAGCCCAUGUACAGGUACAAUCCAUGUUAAAAGCAGAAUACUCCCCUGAAGAGAUACAAAACAUCAUCAAUAUGGUGUCUAUACAGGAUCUGCAAGCACAACUUGAUAAUCUCCUGUAAGGUAAACUCGCAAUGCCCGUUGAAUUACUUGAUGCCAAAUCUUCCAUCAAUCAGAUGAUCUUGACAUACAGCGGAGUAUUAGGCUUGCCACUAUGGAUCCUUGACGUUGGUGAUAGGUUUAUAGGAAAUUAAAAUGUUCAUUAUCUCCAUCAAUAGUUACUCUUUCUUAUAGCCAAUGUUGCUUUUGAUAAUACUCGCAUGACAAUUAUAAGUCGGUAAGGAGAUGGAAUCUGAUUGAUUUGAGUCUAUUCACAUUUUAUAAAGAUUCAAUUUUAUGUCG